UGUCAAUGUUCUAGGUCUUAUAGAUUUGGUAAUGGAUUAAAGAAUGCUCACAAUUUAGGGUAACGCAAAGUCUUAAGCCAGGCGUUAUGAUUAACCCCGUUUUGCAUAUCUGCGGUCCACCCGGGUUGGGGGACAAACCAAGGAUUUGGGAAAAGUUUCCCAUAAGUCCAAAGGUGAAGUUUGACCCGCGUCCCUGCUGCGUGGGCUUCCAUUUCACGGCCCCAUUCUGAAAUGGGAUGAAGUCAAAGAUGAGGCGCGCACGGGAGCUGUAGAGGAAAGCUUACUACUACAAAGAGAAAAAAAGACGCCUUCUCCUUCAAAGUGUGAGGACUUCAAGACCGUAGCGAAAACGCCUGGGAAAUGGAGUCCCCACUCCUGAGGAGAUCCGAAGGCUUCUGGGAAGCGCAGUCCAAAGCCUGCCCGUCUCCUUCUGCGCAGCCUCAAAAGUCUCUGUGAAAGGACGCCUUGGGGGGUAUUGCAGCUCCGUCCUUCCACCGGAAGUGUCCGAUCGGAACCAGCCCUGUGGGAGAGGUGAGUCCGGCUCUGGGGCCUCAGAUGUCCGGCCCUUUGUCCCUUUUUAAACACCCAGUCCCUAGCAUGUUCCCUUCGGGAUUGCAGCAGCCCUAUGGCGCUCUGGACCGGGACCUCAGAGGAAUCCCGAGGAAAGAAUGAGAGAGGAGACAGCAAAUCAGGCAGUUGUAAGACUGGAAAGUGCCUCAAUUUGAGAAACACAAGGUGCUCUGAGAGCUGUGAAUCCCCUGCUCUGUGACCUCUACUGGAUUUCCCCUAACUGCCAUCCCUCCGCCAGCAAAACUCCCCCCCCACCCCUGUCCUCCUCCUACCCCAACAUACACACCCAGAACCUACCCAUUCACGAGGAACCUACUCAUCCAACAGGAAGCCUGCACUUUACGAAACUUCCACCUUUCCCAACGAGAGCUCUUUAAACUAAAAAAGGCCUUUCACAGAGCAGAAGUGGGAUUCUGAUCAUACAUUUUAUCUCAAGAUGACAACAGAAUCAAAGAAAGCUGCAGCUCAGAACCUUCAAGAGGAUGAAGGACUUCUGAUAGUGAAGAUUGAAGAGGAAGAUUUUGUCUGGAAGCAGGACACUUGCUUACAGAGAAGUGAUCCCCUCAGGCAGGAGCUCUACCGGCAGCUGUUCAGGCAGUUCUGCUACCAGGAUUCCCCAGGACCCCGCGAGGCACUGAGCCGGCUGCGAGAGCUCUGCUGUCGGUGGCUGAAGCCAGAAACCCACACCAAGGAGCAGAUCCUGGAGCUACUGGUGCUAGAGCAGUUCCUGACCAUCCUGCCAGGGGAUCUACAGGCUUGGGUGCAUGAACAUUACCCAGAGACUGGAGAGGAGGCAGUGACCAUACUGGAAGAUUUAGAGAGAGGCACUGAUGAAGCAGUACUCCAGAUUCCAGUCUGUGGACAUGGACAAGAACUAUUCAGGAGAAAAGUGGCACCUCCUGGACCACCACUUAGUGUCCAGUUCCAGCCAGUGAACACCAAGGUCCUUCAUGGUUCUUCAGAACCCCAGCUCCUACUGGACCGUGAUAAUGAGAGUGAAAACAGUGGAUCCAUGCCAAAGCUGGAAAUUUAUGAGAGAAUGGAAUCACAGAGAAUUAUAUCAGGAAGAAUUUCAGGAUUUGUGUCAGAAGGAUCUGCUGAGGCUCAAGACAUCUGUAAGUCUACAGGCAGGUUAAAGAGACAACAGGAAAAAGAAUCAGGGGAGUCUCAAAAACCAUCAUCUGCUCAGGAUGGAGGUUUUAGUAAAAUCCUCACCCACAAAAAUACACUUACGGGUGAAAUAAUUAGCCAUGAUGGUUGUGAGAGAAGCUUAAAUCUGAACUCUAAUGAAUUUUCACACCAGAAAUCUUGUAAACACAGUACCUAUGACCAAAGUUUCAAAUGGAAUUCAGACUUUAUUAAGCAUCAAAGAAUUUAUGCUGGAGAAAAAAUUCACCAAUAUGGAAAAUCUCUCAAGAGCCCAAACCUUAUUAAACAUGCAGCAAUUUUCAGUGGAGAGAAAAUCCAUCAGUGUAAUGAAUGUGGGAAAGCUUUCAGACAUAACUCAAAGCUUAUUAGGCAUCAGAGAAUCCACACUGGAGAGAGACCUUAUGAAUGUAAUGAGUGUGGGAAAGGCUUUGGGGGGAGCUCAGAUCUUAUUAGACACCAGAGGAUUCACACUGGGGAAAGACCCUUUGAAUGCAAAGAAUGUGGGAGAGCAUUCAGCCUGAACUCACAUCUUAUCCUGCAUCAGAGAAUUCACACCAGAGAGAAACCCUAUGAAUGUAGUGAAUGUGGGAAAACCUUCAGGGUGAGCUCACACCUUAUUCGACACCUGAGAAUCCACACUGGAGAGAAACCCUAUGAAUGCAGUGAGUGUGGGAGAGCCUUCAGUCAGAGCUCACACCUUAGUCAACAUCAGAGAAUUCACAAGAGGGAAAACCUAUUAAUGUAAAGAACUUAAAUUCAUAAGGAAAUAGCAAAACGUGAAAAACAUUGAAUAAAAAAUAAAUACUGGGUGAGAUGAAUG